AUGAAAAUUUUUUUAUUUUCAAAUGCACAUAUUACAUCUAAAAUAAAUAAAAAUUAUGUAAAAAAAAUUUUUUUUAUUGAAAAAAGAGAAAGGAAAUACAUACCUUUUUAUGAUAUAAAAAAAGAAAAAAAGAAAAGACAAAAAACAGAAGAAACUGAAAAUAAAGAUGAUGGAGAAAAACAAAAAAAAAAAGUUUUUUUUACUAAUUUAGUCCCAACUAUAUCCCCUAUGAAAGGACUAAAAUUAUUGUUUAGUUUUAAAAAUAAUAAUGAAAUUUUAUUAGAUAAAAAUGAGAAAAUAAAUUUUAAUUUGAUCAUAAGAAUAGAUAUAAAAAGAGAAUCUUUAAGAGGAAUGUGCAAUUUAAUACAUAGUGUUGAUAAAAAUAAAAAAAUUUUAGUUUUAGUAGAUGAAGAAAAUAAAAAUUUAAAAAAAUACGGGGCUGAUUAUGUAGGGCUAGAAUACAUUAAUAAAAUAAAGAAUGGAUGGUUAGAUUUCAACAUUUGCAUAACUAAUUUUAAAAAUAUAAAUAAAAUUUUACCUAUAGCUAAAAUAUUAGGCCCUAAAAAACUAAUGCCUAACAUAAAGUCAGACACCUUAGUAGAUAAUUUAGAAGAAACAAUAAAAAAAAUAAAAAGCGGAAAUAGAAUUGAAUAUAGAAGUGAACAAGUAGAUACAAAUACUUUUGAAUUAUAUAAUCAAAUUUAUAAUUUUGAAUAUGUUGAUUUGAAUUCUAUUGCAAAUAUUAACGUUAAUAUAGCUACAAUGGAUAUGAACUUUUAUCAUAUUUUAGAUAAUAUAAAAAGCUUUGUCACUGAAAUUAUUAAGAAUAAUGUUCAUUCGAGUCAUAAUGAAAAAGUUAAUAAACCUACUUUUACUUGGCCACCUAUUACAUCAAAAAAGAAAAAAAAACUACAAUUACAAAGUAAUUUAUUUAAUAAAAGUGAAGAAAACUCAGAAUCUUUUUUACUAGGAGCAUAUAUCACUUUUAAUGGAUUUCCUAAAAUUUUUCUAAAACCAAAUUUAUUAUAUCCUCAUUCAGAUGGUUAUUCCAACUAA